UGUUGAUCACACGUUCUGCGCUUUCUGAGUCCAGAGAUGUUUUGGAGCCUGCUUCUCACCAGUGUGUGCGGUUUUGUUGCUGUAGCCAUCGAUUUACCACAAGAUCGACACUGGAUGCUCUGGAAGAAGAUGCAUAAUAAAGCAUAUUUUCACCAGGUCGAGGAGUCUGGUCGCAGGCGGAUUUGGGAAGAGAACUUGGAAAUGAUUGCUGUCCAUAACCUUGAAGCCUCUCUGGGCUUGCAAACCUAUGAGCUGGCAAUGAACCAUAUGGGGGAUCUGACCACUGAGGAAAUUGCUGGCCUGCUGAUGGGCACCACUGUUCCUUCGGACGUUGAGCGGGGUCCUUUAAACUUUGUCAAGCUCAACACCUCUGUACCUCAUUCACUGGACUGGAGGGAUGAAGGCCUGGUAACUGAGGUUAAAAUGCAGGGUUCUUGUGGCUCUUGUUGGGCCUUCAGUGCAGCUGGUGCUCUGGAGGGGCAACUUAAGAAGUCCAAGGGCAUCUUGUUGUCCCUCAGUUCUCAAAACCUGGUGGAUUGUUCUGUGAAAUGCGGCAACCACGGGUGCAAAGGUGGCUUCAUGUCAAACGCCUUCCAGUAUGUCAUAAAAAACCAUGGCUUAUCUUCUGAUGCAGGCUACCCCUACGUUGGCAGGCGGGGUCCAUGCAACUAUGACGCCAAGUACCGAGCUGCUAACUGCUCAGGAUACGCCUUCUUACCGUCGGGGGAUGAGUCGGCCUUGAAGGAAGCUGUAGCUACGAUCGGGCCUGUGUCUGUAGCUAUUGAUGCCUCCCAGCCAAAGUUUAUCUUCUACCGUCAUGGUGUGUACAAGGACAGCACAUGUACCCACAAAGUGAACCACGGCGUGCUGGUUGUGGGCUAUGGCACGGAGGGGACUCACGACUACUGGCUGGUCAAAAACAGUUGGGGUGUGCGAUACGGCGACGAAGGCUACAUCAAGAUGGCCCGGAACAGCCACAACCAAUGUGGCAUUGCUCUCUAUGCUGUCUUCCCCAUCAUGUGAUCUGCAGAUUAACACUUUUGGAUGAUUAUUUCUCAGCAGUGGUUGCAAAAUUGUCUUGAUUUACUUUGGGAUUUUAUGAUUUUAUUUUUACUUUAUUGACCAACUGGUUGAUCAUUAAUACUCUUUGUGUAUUAUAACCCUGUGAUCAAGAGGCCUCCCGGAGAGUAGACUAAGUACAGCCAGUCUCUAAGAACUAAGAUGUGCUUGAACUACUUGAUUUGCUUUAGAACUCAUUUGAAGUAAUUAAAGUAACAUCAGCAACUAUUUAAAGGAAACCAACAUCAAUAUUUAAUCUGCUAUGAAAACUGGCCCUUGAGAAAUUAAAGUUGACUUCAUACUGUGUAAUGCAAAGAUGACAUUGUUUUUCCUGUAAGUUUUAUUUCCAUAAUUUGCUGGAUAACUGGCACACAAGUGCAAAUCCCAGCAUAUUUAACUCUCACAUAAAAUAAAUACAGUACCUUUUCAGCAUCACUAAAAUAUCCACCAAAAGCACUGAAUUUCUUUAUUUACAAAACCAAGACGACACAAUAGUUUUUCAUAGAACUUUUUUUGGGAAUAGAUUUUCCUUGAUCUUUUGUUCCACAAAUUCCAAGCACGUACAACUACAGUUUCCACAAAGUACUUUUUUUUUUUUUUUUUAAAUAUACUUUAACCAACAUUUAGAGUAA